CAUUAAUAGAUUGUUUUGUUUUUUGUAACCCCCGACUGUUAACAAAAUCUUCAGGUUCACAUUGACCACAGUUUAAUCACUCCCCGCUUAACCACAGUUCUCACCAUCGUAUGUCUUUGGUGACGGCAGUCAGGAACGUCGCCGAGCUUCACGGUUGUGGUCGGUAAGUAAUUAACCAGUAACACAAUCAUUAUUUGUCACAAAUUAUCUAUAAACCUCAUUACUGUAACACCCAUAAUUCCAUAAAAUGCUCCGUUCAACUUUGAGCUUUAUAAAUUACUGCAGCAAUUCCAAAUUAGGGUUUAGAUACACCCAAAGAUAUACAUUAGUUAAUGCUAGAUUGAAAUGGGCUAAAGAUAAUUUACUAGAUACAAUAGUAACUGGUCAAACAAGCCUCAAAUCAGCUUGGAUUAUCAUGUCUAUUAUAUCUGCUGACCCUAAUGGUUGUGUCCCGGUGUACCUCCUUUCGGGUCGGCGAAGAGGUCAAUUGGGUCUUCCCCAAAACCUUAAAGUUUCAACCUUUUUAAGAAAAUACCCAAAUAUAUUUGAUGAGUUUUAUGUUAAAGAUAGUGGUGGUACUCUUGUUCCAUGGUUUAGAUUGACCCAUGAUGCUAUGGCGUUGAAUAGAGAAGCUGAUGUUGUUUUUCGGGAAAAUGAGAGGGAUUUUUUUUAUAGGGUUUGUAAGCUUCUUAUGAUGACAAAAGGUUUGAUUCUUCCGCUAUCGAGUAUUGAUCAGUUAAGAUGGGAUUUGGGUUUGCCUUAUGAUUAUGUCGAGUCCUUUUUACCGAAUUAUCAAGAUGUUUUGUCGUUAGUGAGAAUUGAUGAUCAACGUGUUGGUUUAAAGCUUAUUUCUUGGAGUGAUGGGCUUGAUGUUUCUUAUUUGGAAAGGAGUGCGAUUUUGCAAGGUAGGGAUGAGGAUGUUUUGGAUGGUAGGUUGGGAUUUCGUGUUGGAUUUCCGAGAGGGUUUGGGUUAAAGAGGAAGUCUAUAGAGUGGUUGGAGGAAUGGCAGAGGCUUCCAUAUACCUCCCCAUAUAAGGAUCCGAGUCAUCUCGAUUCACGAACGGAUGUUUCUGAAAAGAGAAUUGUGGGCGUGUUUCAUGAGCUUUUGCACCUUACGGUGCAAAAGAAAACUGAGCGACAUAAUGUUAGUAAUCUUAGAAAGCCAUUGAAUCUUCCCCAGAAGUUUACCAAGGUGUUUGAACGUCAUCCAGGUAUUUUCUACAUUUCGAAGAAGAACAACACACAAACAGUUGUUUUGCGGGAAGCUUAUGAUGGUAACAGACUUCUUGAUAGACACCCUAUUUGUGACGUCAGGGAUAAGUUUGCUUGUUUGAUGAAGGAAGGGUUUCUGGAUAGGAGCCGUGGGUUAUAUAAAAAACAGAUUGCGGUAAAUUCUGGUGAAAAAGAUGAUUUACAUCAUAAUUCUAAGGCUGAAUCAUGUGAAAAUGGAGUUGAAACUGAAGAGGAAUUGGAGGAUCAUAUGUUUUCAGAAUGCGAAUCUGAUGAAACUUCUCAUCUUUUCCGAUUGUGUGAAUAGUAUAAGGUUCUUUAGCUUAUACUGUAACUUCCAACUAAUUUUCAUAUUUUCUUAGAAGAUUAAUGCUCCGUAAACUGACUAACAUUUCCAAUCAUCUGUUUCCGAGGACUGACUAAAGGGUAAGAAGUAAGGUCAGUAGUUAACUUUAAUCAUUGUAAUCAUACCACCCUUAUCGUUAGAUAGAAGGGAUCUUUUCAUUCAGUGGCCUAUGAAAUCGGAGCAUGAUUUAUCAAAACGAAAAGUCUAUUCUUGAAUAUACUAGAAUAAUUAUUUUUUUGCCUACACUCUCUUUUUCAUUGGUCAGAACGUGAUCAUACCUGUAUUCAAUGUAAGUCCUCCACUGUCUUAUAAUUGGAAGUAUAAAUCAGUAUGCCCUAUUCAAUUAGUAGGUAGACGGUGAAAUUGUAUAGGUUACAAGUGUAAAACAACAAUCUACUAUGACCCUUUAUAGAAAUGUAUUAUAGUAGAUAGAAGGAAAGAAAGAUAAAUGAAAACCUAACUCUAUGGACGAGGACGGGUGGCAGAGAUCAAAGCUGCUCAUAUAUGAGGAAUCGAUGAAGUAUGCAUGCAAAAUCUCCUAACCCUUCUGAAGUUUACGGAUUUGCAGGAGACAUUUCAACAGUUGUCACUACAGCGUCCUCCAAUUCGACGAAGUAAAGGAAUGUUGUGGACCACAGUGAGUAGCAUCAAGAAACAAUGACAAUGCAAAAAAGGUAUUGGGCACUGGCACUUCCACCUCCCAGCUUACGUCAUUGUGACAGCUGCAACUAUCUUUCUAUACUACACUGGCCUCAACUUUAUGGCAACUCCACCCCCGACAUCCCUGAAGUCGAUAUAUGGAGAGUUGGUUUUUCUAUAAUCCUAAUGUCUAAGAUUGUUUUACUGCUUAAAGUACAAAAUAAAGAAUUGUGGUGUAAGCUAGUGAAACCAAACCAAGUAAUAAGUAGCCUGAGUUCAAUUUUCUCAAAUGAAGCUAUUGUUUGGAUCCAACACAAAUGCUUUCAUGGAUCUACUCGAGAAUUUUCCGCAAGUUUAGUAUUUUAUGGAUAAUCUUUGCAGAUGAAAACAGCAAAAUUCCUGUGUACCUUGGUCCGGCAUUAGACGAAGAUGGCUGACCCAUCGAACCUUAGAUCAAUGAGCUAAUGUCCAAAGAUUGGAAAUAACAUUCACCUAUCAGAUAUGCUGAUUGUUUUUAGAAGUAUUCAAAUGCAUAGCGGUAUAUUUUUACGUACAUAUUCAUCAUUCUAAGCAUUUUAAGUUUUACAAGUCUUUUGUGAUUGACCUUGUUAUAAAUUUGGUCUGAUGACAUCAUUGAACAAAUCACUGUGCAUGUAUAGAAAAUUUUCUCUGCUA